CCGGAUGUGACGUAGGUGUCGGAAGCUGUUGGACGGAAUUGUUGCACGUGUUUGCGGGAGCUGUGAAAAGAACAUGCGUGACGGACUCGAGCCCACAGAGGGACCACAAAGUAGACAUUUUUCCCCACACUGACACUUUUAAGCCCAGCUUUGAAUCGGGAACACGCGCCCGGGCAGCAGGACUCAGCCAGGAGGCGCGCGAGGCGGGAAGAGGCUUGACCGUUAGCUUACCGGGAGGAGGUCAAGUCCCAGUAGGAGGGGAAGAAGAAGAAGAAAGUUCUGGGCCUCUGCUUUUGGGCCAGUGUGUGUUCCGUCUUCUCAGUGAGUGUUUCUGUGCUCCGUCCUCACCUCAACAGCUGGUUGAGGUCAUUUUUUUGGCAGUCGGUUGUGUUCGGACGCCAUGGCGGACUACCUCAUCAGCGGGCAGACCGGCUACGUGCCCGAGGACGGGCUGACCGGCCAGCAGCUGUUAAACUGCGGGGACGGACUCACCUACAACAUUGCAGAGAAGCGGGAUGUGUGGUGGGAUCAGUACUGUUGGGAUGCUUGUUUCCAUCCUAAACCGCUGUCCUUUCUCUCCCUCAGUGACUUCCUCAUUCUGCCGGGCUACAUCGACUUCACGUCAGACCAAGUGGACCUGACGUCGGCGCUCACCAAACAGAUCACCAUGAAGACCCCCUUAGUGUCCUCCCCCAUGGACACGGUCACCGAGGCCAACAUGGCCAUCGCCAUGGCUCUAACGGGAGGAAUCGGUUUUAUUCACCACAACUGCACUCCAGAGUUUCAGGCCAAUGAAGUUCGCAAAGUCAAGCGGUAUGAGCAGGGCUUCAUCACAGACCCCGUGGUGAUGAGUCCCAGUGAGCGCGUGCGGGACGUCUUCCAGGCCAAAGCGCGGCACGGCUUCUGCGGCAUCCCCAUCACAGACAGCGGCAAAAUGGGCGGCAAGCUGGUGGGAAUCAUCUCCUCCAGAGACAUCGACUUCCUGAAAGAGGAAGACCACAACCUGCCGCUGAGCGAGGUGAUGACAAAGCGAGAGGAGCUGGUGGUGGCUCCAGCUGGAGUGACACUAAAAGAGGCUAACGAGAUCCUUCAGAGGAGCAAGAAAGGCAAACUGCCCAUCGUGAACGAGGAGGGCUCCCUGGUGUCCAUCAUCGCCCGCACGGACCUGAAGAAAAACAGAGACUUCCCCCUGGCCUCCAAAGACUCUCGAAAGCAGCUGCUGUGCGGCGCCGCCAUCGGCACCCACAACGACGACAAGUACCGGCUGGACCUGCUGGUGCAGAGCGGGGUGGACGUGGUCGUGCUGGAUUCAUCGCAGGGCAACUCCAUCUUCCAGAUCAACAUGAUCAAAUAUAUCAAGGAGAAGUACCCCCACCUGCAGGUCAUCGGAGGCAACGUGGUGACCGCAGCUCAGGCCAAGAACCUGAUCGAUGCCGGCGUGGACGGGCUGAGAGUGGGCAUGGGCAGCGGCUCCAUCUGCAUCACACAGGAAGUGCUGGCCUGUGGCAGGCCCCAGGCCACGGCCGUCUACAAGGUUUCAGAGUACGCCAGGCGUUUUGGCAUUCCAGUCAUCGCUGACGGCGGGAUCCAGACUGUUGGACACGUCGCCAAAGCUUUAGCGCUCGGCGCCUCCACAGUGAUGAUGGGCUCUCUGCUGGCCGCCACCAGCGAGGCGCCAGGAGAAUACUUCUUCUCGGACGGCAUCAGGCUGAAGAAAUACCGAGGCAUGGGGUCCCUGGAUGCCAUGGACAAAAACCUGGGCUCUCAGACCAGAUACUUCAGGUACACAACAGCUGCAGUGGAGAGUGUCAACACGCCGUCAUCUGCCAGUUCUCCAUACUUCUUCCUCUUUAUUGAGUGCGACAAGAUCAAAGUGGCUCAGGGCGUCUCCGGAGCGGUGCAGGACAAAGGAUCCAUCCACAAGUUUGUCCCCUACCUGCUGGCUGGAGUGCAGCAUUCCUGUCAGGACAUCGGAGCCAAAAGCCUGACGCAGCUCAGAGCCAUGAUGUACUCCGGCGACCUGAAGUUUGAAAAGAGAACCGCAUCCGCCCAGAUAGAGGGCGGCGUACACAGUCUUCACAGUUAUGAGAAACGUCUCUUUUGAGAAGAAGCUUUCAGAUGGAGCGUCGUCCCACAAAUAUGCAAACACACAGAUCUAACUUCAGAACACAUGCCAACUGGUUCAUGGACUCGUCAGUCUUCCUGCCACUGGGUCUACACACACACACACACGUUUGUAAAGGAGGUGGAAACAACGCACAAGCCGCUUAAAGUGAUAACUGUUACGUCUCAUGAACUCUGCUGUGACCAUUGGCUUUAGAAAUGUCAGACAAUAAAGCUUUUGUGUUUUUUCACAACCUAUUGUACGUUUGGUCAGUUGCCUGAUUUUAUUAGAAAACUUUUAGCUACAUUUGAACAAAAUAAACUUUAGUGGAAAAAUUAUCCAGUUUAAACAUGGACGUGCUGCACUACGAUUACAUUUAACCUGCUGUUUGAAAAGGGCUACUGACACUUGAAAUAAAAGUCUUAAAUCAGAACAGUUUGCAGACAACUUCAAUGUUUCCUCUCAAUCUGCUGAUCUAGCAGGAUUUGGUCCCAUUGUGAAAAGCUUUGCUUUAAUGAACCAAAUGGACUGGUUUGAUGAGAAUAAUUAAUUUCCCUGAUCCGGCUGACUAUUGGCCGGGUUCCGUUCUGCUGGGUUUCAUCCAGCAGAACAAGCAGCCUCCACCUCUCCUCCACCCACCUCGCUGCUCCUGCUGGAGGUCUCCGGGGAGGAUCAGGUGCGGCUCGGAAUCCACCGGACUUUCCAGGCUGAACCCCAGGUGGAUUUGGUGGGAGCCGUCCCGUCACACUCCGUUGGUCACACCUGUCUCUCAGCGUCCAUCAUGUGUAGAAGCCAGAUGCUCCAUCGUGUCCAAAGUGCCAGAUGUACUUCCACCACAGCCUCCCUGACGGUCACCUCAGACAAAGGCCACUUAUGAAGCCCAUUAGAGACUCUGAAGUCGACAGGCAAAAUGCUGACUAAAGAGAACAAAAAGCACUUUAAGGGGACUUUUAAAGGGCAAAGUCGUAGAAUGUACAUUCAGAAAAACCAGAACCAAACCGUCAGAUAAGCCGAGUAACCUGGACAACACACUCAGCCGUACAGGCGCCAACGGGAGAAAAAAUAAAAUCUAAUUCAACAGUUCUGGAUUCAUUAAAUGUGUAAAAAUAAAACUU